AUGUCCGCACCGCCUUCAUCAACUUCCUCCCAGCGCUCUCUCCGCAUCGCCGUGAUAGGCUGCUCGCAUGGCACGCUCGACGAUAUUUAUGCUAGCGUCGAACGGUGCGACGAGGAGGCGCGCAAGAAGGGGGAGAAGGAGGUAGACUUGGUCAUCUGCUGUGGGGACUUUCAGGCCAUGCGCAACACGGCCGAUCUGCAGACGAUGGCCUGUCCCGUUAAGUACCGCGCACUCGGACACUUCCACCAAUACUAUUCGGGAGAGAAGAAGGCGCCGAAGCUCACGAUCGUCAUCGGAGGGAACCACGAGGCGAGCGGGUACAUGUGGGAGCUGUAUCAUGGCGGCUGGCUUGCACCGGACAUCUACUUCCUCGGCUUUGCAGGAAGUCUGCUCGUCGAUGGAUGGCUGAGAAUCGCAGGAGCAAGCGGGAUCUGGAAGUCUGGCGACUGGAAGAAAGGUCACUUCGAGACGGUGCCGUUCGACGACCGCACCAUCCGCUCGAUCUACCACAUUCGCGAGUACGACGUUGCGCGGCUGCUGCAGCUGAAGAACCGAGGAUCCAGCAUGGACGUCUUCCUCUCGCACGACUGGCCGCUCGGGAUCGAGCAGCACGGCGAUGUCGACUGGCUAAUGCGCGAGAAGCCGUUCUUCCGCGACGAGAUCAACUCGAACUCGCUCGGCUCACCUCCUCUCCACGCCCUCCUCACUUCCCUCCAACCUCGCUACUGGUUCUCAGCCCACCUGCACGUCAAUUUUGCGGCGCUCUUCCACCACGACGGCUCGAAGACGGUAGUGCAAAAGAGGGACAAGCGAGGAUGGGGUGGUCAGCCUGCUGCGGUGGUCGCACAGGAGGGUCAGGAGGUUGCGAAGGCGGAGAAUCCUGAUGAGAUCAAGAUGUACGACGAGGAAGUCGGCGCGGGCGAGGGAGAGGCGGUCGUGUCGGAGGAGGGACCUGUGAGCGAGGAGAAGGGAUGUCCGUCGGGGUGCGCGGCGCACGACGAGCCGACCUCCGCGACGGCGAACCCAGAUGAGAUCGCGCUCGAUGACGAGGAGGAGCUCGACACGGCGCCAGUGGGCGAGAGCGAUGUGACGGAGCAGCCUGAACGUGCGCAAGCGGCUCCAACGGCGCGGACGACCAAGUUCCUCGCGCUGAACAAGCCGGGUAAGAACAAGGACUUCCUGCAGAUUCUCGAAAUCGUCGAAGAAUCCCCGUCCUCAACUACUCCUCCCGCUCCCUCGACUUCAUCUGCGAACACCGACACUGCUACUGCUCCCUCGCCCUCCCGACCAAAAGUCUUCUUCGACCCCGCCUGGCUCGCCAUCGUCCGGUCCACCGCGCCUUACCUCUCGCUCUCCCCUCGCCCGAUCCCCUUCCCGCCUCUCGCCGAACUCGCGCAGACGAUUGAGGCCGACGAGAAGUGGGUCAAGGAGAAUGUCGGAAAGGACGGGUUGGUCGAGGUUGACGAGGUCAUGGAGUUUGUGCGGACGGCGCCGACUCAGGAGGACUGGCAGAAGAACGGGAUGAUCCAGAUGCCUUCCUGGUACACCAACCCGCAGACGCUCGCCUUCACCUCACUCCUCCAGAUCGAGAACCGCAUCAACCCAAUCCCCGAAGGCUACCUCGCCGCCCUCGAAGCAGACAAGAAGCGUGCGCUGGAAGAGGCCAAGGCUGAGGCGUUACGGGAUAUUGAGAUGGCCGGCGAGCGGGUCGACGAGGAGCCUGUGGGCGAAAAGGCGAGCGAGGUGGCGGCCAAGGAGUCGAACGGAGACGCGGCGAACCCGGAGGAGAUCGCCAUCGACGAGGACGACGAUUGA